AUUUUAUUCAAACACAACCAAUUUCAAACAACAUUCAAAAUUCAAAACCAAAAAACUCAUUACCACAAUGAAACGGACUCAAGAUUAUAAUAUUGAAGUGUGGGGUGAGGACAUGCAAGCAUUGUAAGGAUGGAUACAGAAGUUGCAAGUGGUAGAUAACCAGAGGCGUUGAUUAGGAACAACUGGGUCCCACAGCACGAGCCAACAAUAACAUGAUGAGAUUGAGAUGAGAGAGAGAGAGAGAGAGAGAGAGAGAUCUCAUCUAUGUAUUCACGGACGGCUAAAUUAAACGACGUUAAAAUCAAACACAUUUACACUUUUAACCCUACCCAGAUCCAAACCCAGCCAAGUGGGUCAUUUUGUAAAUUAAAAAAUUAUUGUAUGUUUUGUUCUUCCCUUUAAAACCCAACCCUACUUCAUUUUCCGUCCUUCUCUUCCUUCUUUCUCUGUCUCUUUCUCUUUCUCAGUCUCUCUCUGUUAAGCUCUACUUAGACCAGACCUGGUCUUAAUAGAGAGGUGCAAAUAGCAAAUUCAGUUAUUAUUACUAUAGAGAGAGAGAGAGAUUGAACAAAGAGAAAAGAAAAAUAAAAAAACAGAGAGAGAAUAUUCCACUAUUUCACUAUGGCACAACAAACCAACGGUGGAGAUCUGAAUCAGAAUAACAGCAACAACAACAACAACCAGAAUCAGACACCUCAGCAGCAGCAGCAGCAUCAGCAGCAUCAGCAGCAGUGGGCGGCGGCGCAACCGCAUCAGUAUCAACAACAAUGGAUGUCUAUGCAGUAUCCAGCUACUGCUAUGGCUAUGAUGCAGCAACAGAUGAUGAUGUAUCCACAGCAUUACAUGCCGUAUGUUCAUCCUCAUCAUUAUCAGCAGCCGCCUCAUCAGCAACAGGUGUCUCCGCCGCCGAAUCAGAGUCACCAUAACCAUAAUCAUCAUCAUCAGCAGCAGCAACAUCAGUAUCAGCAGAAACAAGUUUCUCCUGAAGAGAUCAGGACGAUCUGGCUUGGUGACCUUCAUCAUUGGAUGGAUGAGACUUUUCUUCAUAACUGUUUUGCUCAUACCGGCGAGGUUGUAUCGGCAAAAGUCAUACGUAAUAAGCAAACUGGUCAGUCGGAGGGAUAUGGAUUUGUCGAGUUCUAUUCGCGAGCAAUGGCUGAGAAAGUCUUGCAGAACUUUAAUGGUACUAUGAUGCCAAAUACAGAUCAGGCGUUUCGUCUGAAUUGGGCUACAUUCAGUGCUGCUGGUGGUGGUGGUGGUGGUGAAAGGCGUUCUUCUGAAGCUACUUCCGAUCUCUCCGUUUUUGUGGGAGACUUAGCCAUAGAUGUUACUGAUGCUAUGCUGCAAGAAGUGUUUGCUAGCAGAUUCUCUUCUAUUAAGGGAGCAAAAGUUGUCAUUGAUUCUAAUACUGGUCGUUCGAAAGGCUAUGGCUUUGUUAGGUUUGGGGAUGAAAAUGAAAGGACAAGGGCAAUGACUGAAAUGAAUGGCGUUUAUUGUUCUAGCAGGCCUAUGCGAGUAGGUGUUGCAACGCCCAAAAAAACUUAUGGCAAUCCACAACAAUAUUCUUCACAAGCUGUAGUGUUGGCUGGUGGUGGUGGACACUCAUCCAACGGUGCUGUGGCCCAAGGUUCCCAAUCUGACGGGGAUUCUAACAACACAACUAUAUUUGUUGGAGGGCUUGAUUCUGAAAUCAGUGAUGAGGAUCUCAGACAACCAUUUUUGCAAUUUGGGGAUGUCAUCUCUGUGAAAAUUCCAGUCGGUAAAGGAUGUGGGUUUGUUCAACUGGCUGACAGAAAGAAUGCUGAGGAUGCAAUUCAGGCAUUGAAUGGAACAGUGAUUGGAAAGCAGACGGUGCGUCUUUCUUGGGGUCGCAGUCCAGGAAAUAAGCAUUGGAGGAAUGACUCUAAUGGACACUACGGCGGUGGUUAUGGAGGUCAUGGAUACGGAGGCGGCCAUGGAUAUGCUGCUAGACAGAAUCAGGAUAUAGCUAUGCAACCUGCUGCUGCAGUUCAAGGGGCUUCGUAACGGUCAUAGCAGGACACUUGGUAUUGAAAUAGGAUCAAUUUUAUUGCUCUCUUGUGAACUGUAGUAUUAUUUUUAAAUUUGUAGCUGGGUUAUAUGGUACCCAAGGUUAUUAAGAUUAUAUUUAUGUCUGAAAUUUUGGAUUAAACCUGACCAUAUAAUAUGGCUUAGGUUAUUUUUGUUUAUUUUAAUCGUUAGUAGACAGCCACAAAAUUAUUUUUAAUACUAUCUUUACACAGUAUAAUGUAGCUGCUUGC